GCACCAUUGGCACAGUUGUAGAGAUGGUGAUCCUGAACAAAAGGCAGCUAUGCUUCUUGAAAGGGGGCCACCAAAGAAGAGGAGAAAGAAGAAGAGUGCCAUACAGGACCCUGAGGCGGCCAUGGUAGUUGCAUGUGCUUCUACAACUGCUCCGGUCAUGGUAUACCCAUCUAGAUCUAUCAAGGGUUCUAAAGAACCAAAACAUGCUUCUGGGGAACAAAAGGAAAAAUCUAAGAAGAGUGUGCCGCGAAAGGGAAAGGGUAAGGCUGCCAAAGAGAAGAUUGCCUCACGAGUUGUUGCUAUUGGAGAGCAGACACCAAAAGGCAAAGAAAAAUGCAGCGAAGUUGCUCCACAUGAUAGCCCAGACAUGGGUACAAGAAGCAAAAGGACAUCUCAUAGCCCAGCUAUGAGCACUAGGAGCAAAAGAGCACCUGUUAGAUUGGACUUGUAGUGUGUGCUCUGUUUCGGUGUAUGUUUGACAUUAAAACAUGUUGAGACCUCUCUGUUUUGUGUUGUGAUGAACCAAUAUGGUCUUGUAACAAAUUUGAUGUUUGUGAGGGUAUAUUGCUCAUGAGAUGCAAAUUGUGAUUCUAUGCUAAUUAAGCGAAAA